AUUUUUCAAACGAUUCAAUCAUUAGUAUGAAUGAAGAUAGAAUACCAAUGAACGUAAGAGCUCUCCGCAAUUCGUAAUUGGCGCUCAAAAAUUUCCCGCCAUUCGUUCGCGAUUGCAACAAUGUUUCCUCCAAAAAGAAAACACAUCACAUUCGCAAAGUAGGAUAGAAUUCAAGAAAAUUAACGUGUACUAGUGUAUCCUUGUAUUUCCUUUUUCUAAAUCGUUUCAUUCGAAAGUUAAUUUAUUAGCAUUCCACGAUUUUUUAACGAUAAAUCGUCGCGCGAAUUGCGUACCGGUUGCAUCGUCGGUAAAAACAGCGAGCGCAGUGCGCAUGCGCGAGAAUCCUUAGUAGGUCGCGUCGUCGACUUGAACGAACUCGUCUCGCGCCGUUCGCACGGAUCAGUCAUCCAAAGGUAACUCGCGAUAUACGUCGUGCACAAAUUACCAUCGUCGUCAACAGAAUAGUACCAGUGUUUGUCCGUUUCGGCUCGAGAAGUAGUUCCUCGGUCAGUGUCGUUGGAAGAAGUCUGUCAAAGUGAACUCGAGUGAUUUCGUGAUCCUCGAAAAGAUUCGCGAGUGCGCGAAGUGAGUGUGACCGUAGUUGCAACUUUCUCGAAAUCAUCGCGUAAGAAGCUCGGGAACAGCUGCCUCGAAGGAAUGGUAGAUCGUGGAAGGAGAGAAGGAAGCUCUGAAAACAUAAUCGAAUGAUCGAGAGGAGUAACAUCGAUUCUUUGCAAGGUGUCAGUGUGUAAGGAUCGUGGACAUUUCGCGAGGAAGGCGCGAGACAGGCUCGCGCGCGCGCGAUAGUAGGUCGAGUCGCGUUCGGCGACGAUCGGCCGCGGUCGGGUGAACUCGGCGCGCUUGAAUUCGAAGACCGUAGUGCCGGACGCGCGCUCGCCGCUCGGCCCAGUCAGUCGCACGCGGCACACGAAAGCCUCGACACGUUGAGGGAGGUUCGAUAACGCGCGAAUUAAAAAAAAUAUACUGGACAAGGUGAAGGGAAAGAUAAGUGAGGAAAACAAAACAGACCGAGGAGAGUACGACAGACUGCGGAAUCUUGCGUGAAGACUGGAGUCGCCUUAGCGAGUGAGUCGAUCUCUCUUCUCCGUUCGAGAGAUCGACUGCCACCCUUCGAGGCAGCACCGUUCGACAGACGCGGGAGAAACUGUCAAAAGUGUGGUACCACGGAAAAACACCGGGAAAGACGAGAUGGUGUACGGAGGAGGAUUCGACAUGGUGGAAACGAUGCCACAAACAGUGCCUUCAGCAGCCGGCUACUUGCCGUCGUUCGAUUACAUCACGUUUCAGUUCGAUUUGUCCCUUCUAUCGGACGAUUACAGCGCCGCAAAUGCUCAAAAUACUUUGAAACCAGCGCAAAUCAAGCAGGAAGCACAAUCGCCGCGUCCUGGUUCACCGAUCACAUACUCGAGCCCUCCAUAUUCGGGCGCAGCCGGUGAACUGUCGCCAAAUUAUUCGCACGAAGGAUCGCCUGGAUAUCCUACGAGUCCUUACUACGUGCCGAGAAGUCCUCAGAGCGCGCAAUUUUAUCCAACGAGUCCAGAACCGUCCGCCAAACAACCUAUCAAGAGGGAGAAGAGCCUUGAUCUUCUGGCCAUCUUGCAGGAGUCCAGACUCUUGGCCGAGAGUCUGGGCUAUCGAGAGGACUCUACCGAUUGCACGGUGCCCUGUACUCCUCCUAGAACAGAGGAGGACAUCUACAACAGCCUUGACGCGGACUUCUUCGCGAAGAAAGAAGAUACCACGGUGCAAGGACACCCGUUGUUGAAGGAAAUCCUGUUCAAGGAGGAACCUCGAUCCAGUUGCAGCAGCAAUUCUUCCUCGUCGUCCUCCUCCUCCUCUUCGUCCUCGUCGAGCGCUUCCUCGUCGCCGGACCCGAUAGAACUCGAGAACGGUUCUCCGUUGAGGAACUUGCUAUUCAAGGGUGCACGAAAAGAGUUCACCGACGUGACCAGGACGAACUCGAGCCUGAAGCUGGAGAGAAUACAGGACGAGGUCAGGAAUCCUCUGCAAAAGGAGGAGGAGCUUUUCAAGGACGGGCAAAAGAGCGACCAUCAGUUGCUCAGGGAGGUUCUGAGGGACACCAGCUUUCAGAGGAAGUACAAUCUGAGACCCGUGGAUCUCGGGAGCGUCGGGACCGGGUUCGUCGAAGACAUGGAACCCGGCGAAUGCGUCGGGGACCUCACCAGAGAACAGAUCGAACCCGUGCUCAGCUUGGCCAUACAACAACUGCAGAAGGACUUCGACAACACCUGCGUCGCACUCGGCAUUCAUCCUGAGCCACGACGCUGGAGCGCAGCGGACGUAGCAGCUUGGAUACAAUGGGCCAGAAGGCAAUUGCAGUUGCCCUCGGUGCCAUUGGAGAGUUUCAACGUGGACGGUGCAACCUUGGCUUCCCUCACGGAAGAAGAAUUCUGUCAACGAGCCCCGCAGUGUGGAAGUAUCCUGCACGCCCAGUUAGAAAUCUGGAAGGCAGCCGUGGAGGAAUCUCCACGUAACACACUGGCAGCUUCCUGGAGUCCCGCAGGCGUAGUUCAGACACCAAGCAACAACAGCAGCAGUAACAGCAACAGCAACAACAGUGCCUCAUCCCCUAUCGGGAACGCGGCAGCCGUCAGCGUUAAGGGCUCUUCCUGCAGCGUCGAUUUCUCUGACGCUAAAAAGACUCGCACUAAGCGUGAGGCCCCUAUUUUUCCAGACGAAGACGAAGACUGCGGUUCCUCUCAAACCGGAGCGGGCGGUGGUGGCGGUGGCGGUAAGAUGCGAAACGGCGGAUCCCACAUCCACCUGUGGCAGUUCCUGAAGGAGCUGCUGCAGAGUCCCGGUGUCCACGGUUCGUGCAUACGCUGGUUGGAUCGCGGCAAAGGCGUGUUCAAAAUCGAGGACUCGGUUCGAGUGGCCAGGCUCUGGGGCAAGCGGAAAAAUCGUCCGGCCAUGAACUACGACAAGCUGAGUCGUAGCAUCAGACAAUACUACAAGAAGGGUAUCAUGAAGAAGACGGAGCGUAGCCAGAGGCUCGUCUAUCAGUUCUGCCAUCCUUACUGCCUUUAAAACGAUGGGUCCCGUUAAACCUUUGCUCUCGCUCGAGGUGUUACCGCGGUUAUCGCGAACACGGGGCAAGUUCGCUUGGAUCGGAUCGGGGCCUCGUCCGCUACCAAACGAUUCGUUCGAGUAUUUAUUAAGUAUAUAACCAGUCGGGGUAACGUUUCGUCCUUUCGACAGCAAAGGGUUAACGCCUCUCCACCGAUUCCGGGCACCGAGGCCGUCCACAACCGGUGCCCGGCGUUCAUCGAAGGGAACCAGCUUCCGAUUCCCUUUCAACGUGCAAUCAUUUUCAACUUAACACGAUAUAACGAUGGUGUGCCUGUCCUGUUGCGUGCGUGCUUUCGGUGUGGCUGAUUAAAAGAAUCAGUAACGGAGGUCGAAGGUAAAGAUACGAUCCAAACGUGACGACGCGUGGUCCAACGUGGACCAACGCUUAGACACGCUUUGGGUACCAUUUAGUACGCCCGUUUUGGGCGAACCCCGAAUUCUCUAUUCCCCGUCCCCCAUUUUCUUCCACCAACCUUUCUCUCUGUCUCUGUCCUAACCUCUCUCUGUUGUAAUAUAAUCGAAUAUCCGGUAAAAAGUAAGACGCGAUCCACCAUUUCACCGCGACGCACCGGUCGCGUCUUGUGGUUGGGACGACCGCAGGGUCGAUUUCGCGAUCUUUCGACUGGUACGUCUGGUCACGGGAUUCGCGUUUACGAUGUUGGUUUUUUCAUUACUUUUUUUUGCCGAUGAUAAAUUUGAGAACGAUGAUCGCGUGCCGACGCGUCGAUGGCGGCCAACACAACCGGUAUAUUAAGCACAGCUAAUACUAACGUUAUACUAAUACGGUAAUAAUAGAGUAACCAUGCUGAGUACACGGACGAGUAUGGCUACCUUAUACGGAAAAUGGCGGCGGAUUUACCUUACCACUAAUUUACCAGCCUUCAAGUUUGAAUCUUAAAGGACACUUUAGUAGAUGUUUGAAAAUAGAAAGAUGUUUCAAAAUAUCUUUGAAUUGUUAAAUGUUAAAACAAUUAGUUUUUAACAUUUAAUACAUAACCAUGUAGUACUUGCAAAAAGUUUGUAAGCUUAGAAAUUUUGAACUUAAAGAAACUUCAGAUGUUUAUGAAUUAACAAAUUUGUAAACGAAUAUUGAUGAUCUAAAAAUUACAAACACACAAACAAAAAUUACAUGUCCAAAAA